UGUCGCCGCAGUCACAUGAUAUUACUUCCUGGAUCACGUUUGUUUCUACAGCGGCCAAUUUUUGCAGGCAAUAACAAAGUGAAUCCGCCAAAGAAAUACGAUUGAAGGAGAAACGGGUUUAACUAAUAAACAAGGAUAUAGCUAGCCAAGUCAAUUAAAUCAAUAGAUACACAUUUCGGCAAUAUCUUGACAGAUUGCGGCAACGUUUUCGGUUGAUAACAGAUAACGUUAGGUAGCCAGGACAGCGAUCUUGCAAUGUUGUUAACUUUCUAGCUAGGUUACAGUUGUGUUAUAUUUGGCGAUACAUCUUAAAUUGAAAUCUAUUAAUAACCGGUUAGUUAGACGAUGACACUCCUGAUACAGCCAUAACAUCUGAACUGUUUUUUUGUUUUAAACUAGGGAGGGGCCGUGGCUUGCUACUACUAGCUAGCUAACCAAGUCAGCAGAAAAUAACCUGUUUCCAGUUAUUUCAGAGGCUAACUGUUAGCCUAGUGUCAGUAGAUAGGUUUUCUAUUUGAACAGAGUAGGUCGGGCAUACACCAUUUCUGUAAAAAAUGUCAAAAUACACAAGUUUUUCGGAACCAGGCGACGCCCACAACCCAUUCCAGGACCCUGCAGUGACCCAACACAGCAGCAACACUGAGUAUGCCACACUGGAUCUUUACAACCCAUUUGACAAUAAAAAUGGGCCCCCACCACCAGCCUAUGCAGCCACCUCCCCAUCCGCCCCCCAACCCGUUGUUCCUGCAACAACCCCACCCAGCAGGACUACGCCUACAGAGCCCCGCAACUAUGGCACCUCCUUCACCCCCCAGCAGACAGCUGUCAACGCCACCACAGCAGAACUCCUGAAGAAGCAGGAAGAGCUGGAGAAGAAAGCCCGUGAGCUGGAGAGGAGGGAGAGGGAGCUGAAUUCAUACGCCCUUGGCCCUGGAGCCACUCGUCAGAAUAACUGGCCUCCCCUGCCCACUUUCUGCCCUGUGGGACCCUGCUUCUACCAAGACAUCAACAUGGAGAUCAGCCAGAGCUUCCAACGCACUGUCUCUAUCAUGUAUUACUACUGGAUGUUCACUGCCUGCACACUGGCAUUUAACUUAGUUUCCUGCCUGAGUCUGUUCUGUGUGGACACUUCUGGUGGUGUUGGGCUGGGCCUCGCCAUCCUCUGGGUCCUCCUCUUCACCCCCUGCUCCUUCGUCUGUUGGUACAGGCCUGUGUACAAAGCCUUCAGGAGUGACAGCUCCUUCAACUUCUUCGCCUUCUUCUUCAUUUUUUUCAUCCAAGUGAUUGUCUAUGUCAUCAUGACCAUUGGCAUUCCUGGAUGGGGUUUCAGCGGCUGGAUAGUGAGUCUGGCUGCUCUGAAGACUAGCGUGCCUGUUGGUGUGAUCAUGAUGCUCAAUGCCAUCCUAUUCACUGCCCAGGCUGCCAUGGGGGUUGUCAUGCUCAAGAGGGUCCACUCUCUGUACAGGCAGACCGGUGCCAGCUUCGUGAAGGCUCAGGCUGAGUUUGCAACUGGAGUGAUGUCCAAUCAGGCUGUACGCCAGGCAGCUGCCAACGCCACUGCGUCUGCUGCCCAGGGGGCUUUUACUGGGGUGGCUCGAUAGAGGGAAGGCAGGCAAGUAGAGCAAGGGAGCUCGUAGGGAGAGAGGGGUAGGUACAGUUGAAGUCGGAAGUUUACAUACACCUUAGCCAAAUACAUUUAAACUCAGUUUUUCACAAUUCCUGACAUUUAAUCCUAGUAAAAAUUCCCUGUUUUACAUCAGUUAGGAUCACCAUUUUAGUUUAAGAAUGUGAAAUGUCAGAAUAAUAGUAGAGAAUGAUUUAUUUCAGAUUUUAUUUCUUGUAUCACAUUCCAAGUGGGUCAGAAUUUUACAUACACUCAAUUCGUAUUUGGUAGCGUUAGCCUUUAAAUUGCUUAACUUGGGUCAAAUGUUUCGGGUAGCCUUCCACAAGCUUCCCACAAUAAGUUGGGUGAAUUUUGGCCCAUUCCUCCUGACAGAGCUGGUGUAACUGAGUCAGGUUUGUAGGCCUCCUUGCUCGCACAUGCUUUUCAGUUCUGCCCACAAAUUUUCUAUAGGAUUGAGGUCAGGGCUUUGUGAUGGCAACUCCAAUACCUUGACUUUGUUGUCCGUAAGCCAUUUAUCCACAACUUUGGAAGUAUGCUUGGGGUUAUUGUCCAUUUGGAAGACCCAUUUGCGACCAAGCUUUAACUUCAUGACUGAUGUCUUGAUGUUGCUUCAAUGUAUCCACAUCAUUUCCCCUCAUGAUGCCAUCUAUUUUGUGAAGUGCGCCAGUCCCUCCUACAGCAAAGCACCCCCACAACAUGAUGCUGCCACCCCCGUGCUUCACGGUUGGGAUGGUGUUCUUCAAUUUGCAAGCCUCCCCCUUUUUCCUCCAAACAUAAGAAUGGUCAUUAUGGCCAAACAGUUCUAUUUUUGUUUCAUCAGACCAGAGGACAUUUCUCCAAAAAGUAUUAUAUUUGUUCCCAUGUGCAGUUGCAAACCGUAGUCUGGCAUUUCUAUGGCGGUUUUGGAGCAGUGGCUUCUUCCUUGCUGAGCGGCCUUUCAGGUUAUGUCAAUAGAGGACUCGUUUUACUGUGGAUAUAGAUACUUUAGUGCCUGUUUCCUCCAGCAUCUUCACAAGGUCCUUUGCUGUUAUGGGAUUGAUUUGCACUUCUCGCACCAAUGUACGUUCAUCUCUAGGAGACAGAACUUCCUGAGAGCAGUAUGACGGCUGCAUGGUCCCAUGGUUGUUAUACUUGCAUACUAUUGUUUGUACAGAUGAAUGUUGUACCUUCAGGCGUUUGGAAAUUGCUCCCAAGGAUGAACCAGACUUGUGGAGGUCUACAAUUUUUUUUCUGAGGUCUUGGCUGAUUUCUUUUGAUUUUUCCAUGAUGUUAAGCAAAGAGGCACUGAGUUUGAAGGUAGGCCUUGAAAUACAUUCACAGGUACACCUCCAAUUGACUCAAAUGACGUCAUUUAGCCUAUCAGAAGCUUCUAAAGCCAUGACAUCAUUUUCUGGAAUUUUCCAAGCUGUUUAAAGGCACAGUCAACUUAGUGUAUGUAAACGUCUGACCCACUGGAAUUGUGAUACAGUGAAUUAUAAGUGAAAUAAUCUGUAACAAUUGUUGGAAAAAUUACUUGUGUCGUGCAGGAAGUAGUUGUCCUAACCGACUUGCCAAAACUAUAGUUUGUUAACAAGAAAUUUGUGGAGUGGUUGAAAAACGAGUUUUAAUGACCCCAACCUAAGUGUAUGUAAACUUCCGACUUCAACUGUAUGUAAGAGAGUGUACAGUACAAAAUAAGUAUGCACGAUUUGGGUGUUUUGUUGAAUUGUUACAUAAAAGUAAAGGAAAGUUCAGGAAAGGGGUGGGACUUGAGUUUGUGUUGGAUGCACUGAAGUGAUGCUGCAUAUUUAACACUAAGUUAACAGCUGAAAGGUUCAAUUAUCUGUUGCCAAUGCUAUCAUGUUUGCUAUAGUGAGCUCUAAUAAGUCAUUUGUUUUGAUAUCCCGAACGAGAAUGCCUACCUACUUACACAAACUAUCUUUGCCAAAAUUAUAACUUGAAAUGAGAAACAUGUUGUUUUGAGUUGUAAUAUUAUUGCUAUUUUUAUGUUAUGUUGAUGCUAUAUGUGGUUGUCAUGAUCGUCAUUGUUGUUCUUUCUCGGUUUUAAUAAAAUCUAUUGAAAUGCUC